AUAUCCUCAUCGGUCGGUAAAGGAAAAAAAUGAAAAAAAACAUGUCCAUGUGUUGGUGUGUGAAUACGAGCGCGUGCGUAUUUCAUGUGUUUAGUGUGCGAAGAACUAGACUCGGGUUAGUUCUCUUGUCGAGGUAACCAGUUUACAUUUUGAAUUGGUUAGAUUCGUACGUGGUUCGGAAUGCAUAUUUUCGGUUUACCUGGUGUAAAAUAAUAAUUAUGCGAAAGAUUAAUAGUGUUUUAAAAUAUAUAAAAUUUCUCGAUGUUCGGUUUUUUGUUUUCAGUGUUUUAAAAGUGUCGUGUUGUGUGUAAAAAUGUAACCGUGGCCCUUGGCAAUGUUUCGAUAAUGGUAUCGCGCGUAAAUGAUAAUUUUUGGUCGGGUCUCUGGCGUUUUUGUAUAUAUUUUUCCUCAGCAGUAUGCCUUUAAAAAUGUAAAUAAUGUGUGACUAAUUUUGUGGUUAUUAGUGCGAUUUAGAUUAUUUUUUUUUCGAAAUUCAGUUUUCGCGUUCGAAUAAAAUAGAAAAAAAUAGUUCGGUGUGUGAUGAUGGUGGUGUUGAGCUGAGAGAAUACCUAUCUACGUUGACCGGUCGCUGCGUCAUAUAUUGACCAUACAGGUGCUGAAUUUCGAUGUGCUUAUCGGAUCGAUGGCUUGAUUGGGAAAUCGCUGGUGGCGGAUACACCGUUGUGGAAUUCGGAUAAAGGCUAAAUUCUCGGAUGAUUGUUUCGGUGUCGAAUUCAGCAUAGUUCUCGAUGGCGUCUUUCAAGAAAAAUUCCGGCGGAAAUUGUGUGGUUGCUCAACAACCGAUACAGGCGAUCGUACCACGUCGUAUUUUGAGUGCACAGUCACAACUGCGUUCUCCGACUGUCAAACGAGCUGCGUUCGCUCCGGUAGCUAUGCAAGGCUGGUUGCAUAAACAGGGAAGUGAGGGGUUAAUGUUGUGGAAGAAACGCUGGUUCGUCUUAUCCGAAUAUUGUCUGUUUUAUUAUAAAAAUCCGGAAGAAGAGAAAUUAUUAGGCUCUAUAUUGUUACCGUCUUAUAAAAUAUCUCCGUGUUCAGCCAUAGAAGGGAAAAUUUUCCGCAAGAAAUACAGCUUCAAAGCGGAGCACGCUAAUAUGAGAACUUAUUAUUUCGCAGCAGACUCUCGAGAGCAAAUGGUACAAUGGAUGAAUGCCAUGAGUCUAGCAACGAUCGCGCAACAACAAUCUAACGGAUCCGUCGUCGACGAGCACAAGAAUAGUCAUACGAUGGCUCAUCGUUUCGUGGCUGCGGCCGCCGGAGGCGGUGGAGGUAGCAGUAACGCGGCUGGCAGCGGUGGCGCGGGCGGUGUCGGCGAAAAGAACGAGAACGUUAAUUUCAAUUUCCAUAAUAACUACCGUAGUCAUCCGGAUGUGAAUGAAUUAGUAAAAAGCGCUAUACCGAGCAACGGUUGGCGUUUGAAUAACGUCGAAAAUUACGUACAACCGUUGUACGUGAACGCGCCGCCGAAACCGAGACGCGUCACAGAAGCGUCCGACCAAUCGGCCGAAUGCGGCUUAGGGUCCGGCCCAGGCGUCGGCGGUGAGAUGCUGAGUUCGCAUUCGCAGCUCGGUCAAUCGCAAGAUUACGCCAUACGAAAUGAUCGCGUAUAUCCUGCGCCUUAUGUUAAUAAAACCUUAGCGAAUGUUACCCAGUCGCAUUUAAAUUACGUCGAACGGCGUACCCCCGAUACGUACGGCCGUUCGCCUCCUAUCGAUCCGAGAACCUACGCUAAACCCGUCAACACCUCGAAUUACAAUCCGGAUUACGAAGAGUUAUAUAAUUUAUCGGUUAGCUGUAACCAGAGCGCCUCCAACGUCAGAACCUUACUCGGUCCCAAGGAUCAAGCGGCCGCUGCUAUUGCCGCUGGACAGAAUUUACCCAGCAGCGUCUACGAUACCGCUUCAUCGUCGACUUCAUCCGUUGCCAAAAGACAGCUCAUGAAUAGACCCCACAGCGCCGAUUUCCUCGAAGCGGAGCUUCACAAAGAUAAACCAAAAUCUGUACUGGAGACGAUCAAUGCUCAGACCAUACACGAUUACCGGUCUGGCAAAACUCUGGACACGUACGCACCUCCUCCCAGACCAAAGUCCAGUAUAGAUAUCGUCAAUUCGGACAGUUUCCAUUGGUCGGAGGAACGCUACGCGCAAAAUAUGCGUAAAUCCGCCCAAUACCUGGUGGCCAAAAACAACCAGCCCAAUGUACCCGCCGCCGAUACCAAGUUACCAUAUCAAAGCGUUUUUUGUGAUAUGUCUGCGUACGCGAGCGCAGCAGGAUUACCAAGCGACGAUACCUUGGAUAAGAGCCCGUCGAGGAUCUAUGCCACUACCUCUAGCAGUAGAAUGUCCCAGAGUAGUUACGAUAAGAGAUGGAGCGAUUAUAUGACCGUUAGAAAUGAUGGACAGGGUGAUUUUAUUCGAUCGAAGAGCGCCCGAAUACCGAGAGAGAAACAGUCCGAUGAUGAUCUCGAUACCGUGGAUGAUAGUCUGAUUUAUAAAAGGAGGAAUAGUGUUCAUGCUCGAGAAUCAGCUGAUAGAGGAAGUCACCAAAUACAACAGAGAGAAGAAUCGAUGAAACGACUGCUCGAAUGGAAACAACGCAUGCUGCAGUCGCCUUUAUCUCGAAAAUACUCAGGCUCUUCGAAUCGUGGCUCAGCGCAAAAUGAUUUAUUCAAAAAUUACAAACCUUCGAGCACACCAUCGAGCGACCGACCCACCGAACCGGAUACCAGCCGGAUAACUGAAGAAUGGUCGACCACCGCCACCGGUGACAUUUCCAGACCGGAACCUUGGGAAGUGUUAGCCGAUGACGAUACCGAUAUCGCUGGAGAUACCAGAAAACUGAGAAUUAAAAAUGCCAACGAUCAGCAAAAUCGAAGGUAUCGUGAUCGAUCACAAGAUGGACGCAGUUCUGCCAACUCGCUGAGCAAAUAUAGCAGCGCUUCUUCCGACGAAGAAGAAUUGGAGAAAGUAAAAGAGGCUCGCAAACGAGUCCGAAGAUCAUCUCAAAUUACCGGCCUACCUCAGAUGCAGUUUACCAAAGGAACAGGCGUCGUUGAAACGACUGAAAAUUCGCACGAUGAUCAGCUAGAAAGGUGUACCGGUGGUUCUGGAUAUGUCGUCGAUCAUAAUACAAACACGGCUUGUUUAUCGGAGAACGACGACAUGGUUUGUAGCAGUAAGCACUCGGAUAGCGGUUACGAUACAUUGAAAGCCACCGAAUACGUUCAUACUCAAAUGAGAGCUAAAAGUUUGGGUGCUUUGAAUGGUACCAGUAAAUGUGGUGGAUCUACCAGCAAACUGAAUGAUAAAGAAGGUAUAUACGGCAGUCGUAAAUCUCUUUCUAAUAAAUACGAAUCUCCUCCUCAGAAUAUCGUUCAAGAUCGUAUCAAAAAGUUCGAGAAAUCUUCACCCGAAGAGAAGGAUUCGACGAUGGAGAAGUUAAUGAUGAAAGAACCGUUGAAAGUGUCCAUGCAGGCUGAACUAAAUCACGCUCAGGUCUCUCCCAUCAAAGCUAACUGCGUCGAGGGUCAACGUAAUAUCGAAGCUGGCACGCUUUAUACGCCGAAAAAUUGCGGCAAAUUGGCAGUGAAACGGGAUAUAAACAAGAGCAAGUCGGCUAGGGAUAUGCUGCUGGAUGUGAACUGGAAAAAUGGCCUGGCUGAUGAACAGAAUGACGAAAAUGGUCUUUCGAGUCGUAUCCAAAGUUUGAAAUUAGAGCCGGAUUACGAAAGGUGUGCUUCGGUGAUGGAAGUGUCGAAAAAUCGCGACGAUUGUUCGACUCCCAAUGAUCUGAAGAUGUAUAUCGACAAGAGUCCCAAAUGCGAUCCGUAUGAAGAUCAUUAUCUGCCAAUGGCUCCGGCCAAAAAGGUAUUCUCGGCUCCUCCGGGAGAUCUUUUCUACCACACGAGAUCCAAUUCAGCUUCUUCAGCGUCCCAGAUUCUCAUCCUGGAGACGCUGCUGUCCGAAGACGUUGAAAACUCGUACGUUGAGAUGACAGUAUCCAAUGGCAAGAUCCAAGAAGGUAGGAAGCUGGACACGAGGAACGCUACAGACGACGGAUGCGAGUACGAUCCUGAGAAAAGCCAUUACGAGUUUUUGUACAAAGCGACCUCGUCUAACGAACCUCUCUACAUGGAGGUGUACAGCAAUGCCAAAGAUAAAAACAAACCAGCCGAGCAAUCGAACGAGUCGAGUUCAUCGCGUCGUACCAUUUUGCCCGAUAUACUCAACUCUUCGAAUACCCUGAAGCAGUCGAAAUCCGAUAGCUCGGAUGCUGAUGACGAAGCAUCCAAAGAACUAGAUCCUUUGGAGAUACCUCAGCAUCCUCGGUUCAGUCUUUCAGAUACUUUCAGGCCUGCCUCGUACUAUCUAGGUAGUGGUAUCGUCGACCGGAAUGGUCUAGGGAUAUCGUUCGAUCAACCCGAUUCCUCAGAUAGCGAUUUAGUCUCACCUCCUCCCAUACCAACUAGUCCACCCCCUCUGGAUGAUUUCGACACCUCGCUCGAGCUUCUACCCAAAGACAAAUCCGAUGACUAUUCCGGCGACCAGCAUGAAAUAAAGGUGAAAGAUUUCGGCGACAUUUCACUCUCGGAAACCGAAUCGUAUAAUUCCAAAGGAAACGGCAGUAAUUACAGUAUGAAGAAAUCUCCUAUAAAGAAAGACGAGCACUUCAGCGAUGUUGAAUCGAGCGGAAGUUUCUCCAGCAAUAUUACAACGUUACCGGAACCAAAUGCGUCGAAUUACGACCUUUGUCUGGAUAAUCUGAAACACGAGAAUGGCGGCUCGUAUUUUAGAAAAGAUAGCGAAGAUAGCGUGAAAAUGUUUUACGAAAAUUUAUACCCUACAAAAAGCACUGCAGAUAAAUUGAACGAUUCUAACGUCUCGUCUUCGCAAUCCCCUACUCCCGAAAUAUUCGCCGCAGCUGCUGCUGCCGCUGCUGCCAACAAUUCGACUGAUAAUUUCCACGAUGGGCAUUUAGGUGCUCCGUAUUAUUACGCUGAUUUGCUCAAAGCCAGUGAAAUUAGCAAAGAUGAAUUCGAGAAGAAAAAGUUGCCUGAGAACACGUUGAAUAAUAGACGCGAAUCUGACGUCAAUUUGAACGUUUGCAAACGUAACGAUAUCGGUAAAAAGGUGAACUUGAUAAACGAAGAGAUGAUGGAACGUAAUAAAUUGGUCAGCGAUGUUAAACAUACUGCUCAAUAUUUCGGUAUCUGCGAUAAAAACAUUCCAGACGAUAAGAACAUCUAUAGCUCUCACGUUUUUCAAAAUAAACUCAAUAAAAAUAAUUAUCGAUCUAAAACCCCCGAACCACUCAGCGAUGCCAUUAAUUUUUACGCCAGGUGCUCGAAAUCCAACAUUUCCAAUUUGGAAUUUCAACAAACCACUCGUCGAAGCCGAUCCUUAGAAGGGCUCCUGGAAGAACCAGCAAAUACCACAGCGCAGACCUCAGUUCACGAAACGUCUUCUCCUGGAUCAAAGACCGAAGAAGCCAAAGAUCCUCCACCACCUCUGCCUCCAGCAGUUGAAAUCCCAUCCGGUGAUAUCUGGGAAGAAGACCUUCUAUGGCGUGAAAGUUUACGUAGAUCUAGUCUCAGACAUGCUCGAUCUUUGGACAACCUAGACAAAGACGACAAAAUACCAAAAUGUGGUCGCCAAAGCGCCGAUAUCUUGUCGACCAAGAUAACGAGAAGCUCGUGCAAGAAAAUAAGUCGCGAUGUGACCUACGUAAACGACUGCGUUACCGCUCAAAUCCGUAAAGCUAAACAGAACCCCAAAGAGUACACCGAAGACUAUCGAGAAGUGCGAAAAAUCAAGAGAUACGCUCGUGUCAACACAGAUGUCCAAACUGCCGAUGACGGCGUCCAUUACGAGAGAUUAGAUCCUCGAGCCACGUUAACGCCACCGAGUAAUUAUUACUACGGCGAUACCCGAGAUACCUCUGCAGAUAAUAUGAAACAGCACGGGAAACACAAUACUCAACCAAAAACAGGCGCGCAGUCUUUUUUAGAGGAAGGCGUGUACCCCACCAAGCCGCCGUCGUUCGAAAUAGACAGAGAGAAGUUGCGCCAAUGGGACCUUAUGUCAAGUGCCCCUGCGGGAAUGCUCAGUGCCAUACAAAAAUAUCCAGCUUCGGAAGUACAAGCGUAUCAGGACCGAAGUACUAUUCGACCAACACACAUGUCCGAUACGACCCCGCCAGGCUCACCAGCGUCAGGCUCAGAUUCUGUGAUUGGGCGCGAUCAGCUCCCUCAACGAAACCACAUCCAAGUCCAACACUGCCAAACUCAACAGCUAACCGGGAGUAAUGCUGAUUUCAACCAGUAUCGAACCGGUCAGUCGAAAGAUAGUGUAAGUCGCAGCCCUCCAAUUACCGAUUCGCAUGCGAAAAAAAAGGACUGCGCAUGGAAUUUAAACGUGUCAGCCGGCGAAUUACUGGGCCGUACGCACGAAGAGUUAGUUUUAUUAUUGAUACAAUUAAGAAGACAAAGCGCUAGCGUGUGUAAAGCGAUGGAAAAUUGCCAUAGAGAGAUUGAAUCUCAGGCUAGAUUAACAGAAUUAGAAACGCCGAAAAAAAUGGAACAUUUACCCAAACUAGAAGAACUGAAAAAACGUUUGGUCGAGUUGGAAAAACAGUACGAAAAAGGUAAACCGUUGGUGAAUUUGGUGGAUAACAUGGUGAAGUUGGGGUCGCUGUAUAGAGCAGGAGCUCCCACCCAAGGUAACGUUACCGGUGCGCCGUUGAGGGAUAAGCUAGAGUUCAAUCAUCGGAUACAAGAGCGUAGGAUGUUGGCUGAAGAACGCAAGGAGUGGGAGAGAAUUAGUCCGGAUCAUAAUCAGUUACAGGCUAAAGUUGAAGAACUUUACAAGUUAGACAGAGAAUUACAACACGAGUCGAGCACUUUACAAAGUUUAAAACAAGAUAAGGAUUUAUUGGAAAACGCUUUAGGAGGGUUGAAGUAUAAAAUUCAAGGAACUCGGGGUAAUCCUUCGGAAAUGGAAAGAUAUCGAAGACAGCAGAUGCUAUUGGAACGUGAAUUAAGCCACGUUCGAUCGGUUUUAGCUAGAAACUCCAAGAAACUCGAAGAAACUGUUACGGCUAAUGCGAGAUUAGAAGCGGAAUUAGUAGUAUUAAGGCAGAAAUUGCAAUGGAAUCAGAGACCAUCGCAAGAUAACAUGAUCGGUGCUCCUACAGUCGCUGCUUUGGAAAGUGAACUGAGAAGAGUACAAAUGCUGGUUGGAGAUUUGCAACGUCAACGUAAUGAACUUAGCGCUCAAGUUCGACAGCUGACUGAAAAAUCAAAAACAUUGUGCCAACAAAUUAGACCCAGUCCGACGGGUAUUGCUGGAGCUGGACCAGUACCGGCGAAAAAGCGAGCUACCAGUGGAUGGAUUGAGACUGAUUUAGAUAACGAUAUUGUACAGGAUUUAGCUGUAGAUAGAUCGUCGACUACCGUAUCACCCAACGUGUCGCAGAUGUCUGUACCGAUGUAUAUAAAUGCUGACGAUAAGAAAAAUUCGCCAGAUUAUUCGUGUUCCACCUUAGAUUACCGUAAAAGAUGCCCACCCAGUGAUUCUUCUUCGGCUUCUAUGUACUCGUGCGAGUUACAAUAUUGUAAACCGAUGGAUAUCAGCGAGUCUGACGACAAAAUGAAAAGAUUCUACGGUAUAUUACCGAGAGAAAAACCGCAAGAAAUAAAAACCGUACGGAUUGUUAAAAGAGAAUCAGAAAGGAGGCAAAGAGACAGAGAUCGUAGUGGUAAUAUUGGCAUACCUAUUACUUCUUCAGGUACCAAACGUUCUUCCAUACCAGAAGAGUCAAGUGCAGAUUUUGAGCAAACGACGCUCAUGGACGAAGAACGCGAAAGAGACGAAACAAACGAUGAUGAUAUAUUGAAAAAGCACUCAUAUAUUUCAUCGUCCGACUACAGCAGCCAUUAUAAGCAAAGCAAAGAACCCCUACCACCGCCUCCUCGAUCGGAUAGUAUAGCUGUGCUUCGAAACAUACUGAACAAAAAUAAAACGGAUGACAGUAAAGAAAGCGCAGAGGGUGUAGAUCUUUAUAGAACAAAGUGCCAAAGAGGUGAAGACGGUGCUAGUGCCGGCGACUGCGAAAACCGUCCAGAUUCUCCGCAACUAUCGCCGGUUUACCAAAGCGAAGCUGCAAAGCAGAUUGUGCAAGAGAUGGUUAUGAAGAGUAAUAAGAAUGGAGAAUGUAAUCGAAGACUUGUACCUAAAGAAAAACGGAGACAUCAUACGGUGUCUAGUAGUAAACCGAUAUUACCAAUGGACACGUAUAGUGGUAAUGCCAGAGCUAGAGAUGAUGUCGAUAUGGAACGAGCACUUCGACCCAGACUGAAUGGAACGCCGGAUGUGGUACGAUCGACAUUAUCCAGAACUGAUCCAAUCAAGUAUAAUGCCGAGACCAUCGACAGUGUUAUCGGUACUCCGGGCAAGAUUCUCAUUCCAGAAAGGUAUGUGCCAGAAACUACACCAGAAUUGUCUCCAGAGGAGCAGGAUAAAAGGUUCAAGAAAGCUGAAGCUAUUAGGAAAAUGUUAUCUGAAUCUACAGCGUUGGCUGGUGGCGAUGAAAAUGAACACGAGGAUGAUAGAUCGCAAACGAAUAAAAGGAAAUCGGAAGAAGAGAAAAGGCAAAGAGAGCAUAUUCUACAGCUGAAUCAAAUAUUAGCUCAGCAAGUCAUGGAAAGGAGUAAAUUAGUUGCAGGAGCCAGUUCACCAAAUUCUCAUUGACAUUCAUCGUAAUUACAUAGUUAUGCUUCAGUAAAAGCACUGUCCGACCUUGCAUUAAAUGUUACCAGUUCAGAAAAAGACGAUGAAGAUAGAGACUCUCCUCCAGUUCCUCUUCCAUUGUAUCAACAGAGAGUAAAUUAUUUUUCGUAGAAAUCGUUGCAUUUUUUUUUCAAAUUUGAACUUUACGAUAUUCUCGACUUAUUUAGGCUUUAUUUAUUGUUAUUGUAUAUUCUACGAGUUUUAUUUAUUCAAUUUUUUUCUCUCAUUUUCGUAUUUUAGUUAUAAUUCGAGUUUUAUUUUUAAAAACAAAAAACUUGUUGAUAAUAAUUAUCAAGCCAUAAGAACGUAAUUUAAGCAUUUCAUCUCUUGGUUGUGUUUAUUUAUUUUAUAAACUGUACUGGAUUACGUUUUAAUUAUAAGUAACGGUUGUUAUUGUUUCGUUUUUAUCAUUUUGUAUGUAUAGUUGAAUCACGAUGAUGGAUAUUUUAUAGUUUUAAUGUUGUUAAUAUCUUUCAAAAUAUAUUAUCAUUACGUAUCA